AUCCUUUGAUGCUGCAAGUUAAUAAUCUGCAUGGAUGAUUGGCGCGGAGGACGCGCCGGAGAUACGCGAACUCACGGGCCGACGUCAUUUUCUUCUGCUGCUCCCAAAAGGGCAAAAUUGUCAAUCCCCUCAGAAUAACUUCUAUCUCGAGGUAGGAAAAUAUCUCCAUCUUGGCUUAGGGACGGCGUACCCGCAAUGCUAUUUUUCGUCCUCUCUCCGGGAUUUUUUUAGUUCGACCGCAAAAUAGCCACCAACCACUCUAAGAAACACUUCCAACUCCCUCCCAUCAUCAUGUCACCACUCAAAGAAAUGCUCCAACCCACACGCGGUGCAAGCCGCCAAAUAAACCGCCUCUCCUCAAGCGGCCGACGACUCCAACCAUCCCAAAGAAGACACUUCAGCCACUCCAGACCAACAGCAAGUCCAACAACAGCCGCAGCAACCGAAAUCCAAGCAGCACAAAAAUACUGCUCUGAUCUCCUCAUUAAAUAUGACCGCCCUUCCUACACCCUCCACACCUUCAUCCCGCGGCAGGCCCAACCAUUCUACCUCGCCCUCCGCGCCCUAAACGUCUCCCUCUCGAUGAUCCCCGAAACAACAAGCUCACAUACAAUCGGCCUCAUGCGCCUCCAAUUCUGGCGCGAAUCAAUCGCAAAGAUCCUCGCCGGCACUCCGCCCAAGGAACCCAUCGCCAUCCUCCUCUCCUCCGCCAUUGCAGACCUCCACGAGCGAACCAACGGCCGCGCCCGGAUCAGCAAAGGCUGGUUAUCACGGCUCAUCAGCGCUCGUGAGCGCGGCCUAACGAAUGACCCAUACCCCGAUAUCGCGGCGCUGGAGUCCUACGCCGAGAAUACGUAUUCCACGCUCAUGUAUCUCACGCUCUCGGCGUUGCCCAUGGCCUCCGUUACGGCGGAUCAUGUCGCAUCGCAUGUGGGGAAGGCGGCGGGGAUUGUGGCUGUGUUGCGGGGGUUGCCGUUGGUUGCAUUUCCUGCGGCGCGCGCGGCGGGUCAGCAGGGUGGUCAGCAAGCUGGCGGCGCGGCGAGGCAGGGAGCUGUGAUGCUUCCGUUGGAUGUUAUGGCGCAGACGGGGGUGAAGGAAGAAGAGGUUUUCAGGCUUGGGGCUGAGGCGCCUGGGCUGCGGGAUGCGGUUUUUACGGUUGCGACGCGGGCGAGUGAUCAUCUGAUUACCGUUCAGCAGAUGUUGAGUAACUUGCGUGCUGGGCAGGAUGUGGGGCAUGACUUUGAGCAUGAGGGCGAGGAGGGGCAUGAGUACGAGGCCUUGGGUGAUCAGCGGCAGGAGUCGCCGUUAGAUGAGGUUAACCGUGCAUUCGGUGUCUUCAUGCCUGCAGUGGGCACACGUCUGUGGCUGGAUAGACUGCAGAGUGUCGAUUUUGAUAUUUUUAGGCCUGAGCUUCUUCGCUCGGAUUGGAAACUGCCCUGGAAAGCCUACAUGGCGUUUAAGCGGAAGAGUUUGUAGUAUAGUGUAUGAUACUGAUCCAAGUGUACUAUACAAGAUUAUGUAUAUCUAACAUGUCC